AGCCUGACGCGACAAUCACGUGGUACAACGCACGUGUAAUGGAGGCAGACGAGAGGUAGGAAGAAUCCCUUGUGUUUACCUUACGGCUGCAACUGCUCCGAAAGCAUGAAGGACAAUUUUUCGGUGCUUUCGUCCAAGAUUAGCGGAGGCCCGAAGGGACUGGGUGACCCCAAUGACAGAAGCUUGAGGAAGGUGGAGAAGGACGUGAUGGUACCCAAGUUGAUGCGAGAGAGAACCAAAUCUGAAAAAUGCGUCGACGAAGUUAAAGAAUUUCAUGCCUGCGUUCUUAGAACCGGUCUGCUGCAUGUUAUACGAUGUAGAAGAGAGAAUGAUAAGAUGAAGGCGUGCAUGGAGAAAUGGUACUACAAUGAAGAUUUUAUCAAAGAAUGCACGGAACAAUAUCUGGAUGAAAGAAGUGAAUUUAGAAGGACUGGAAUUCCUAAAAAGCAAAAAAACCUUAAAAUGGAAGGAACAAUGUGAACGUACAAAUAACAUGGAGUGUUAGGAUUGUUUGUAUAUUUUUCAAAUGUAAUAUUUGCGAUUGAUCUACCGAGAUAAGUCUAAGGUAAAAAAAGCUUUCAGAAUUACAUAGAAAUCAACAAUGCUAGGAAAUCAAAUGGGCUAUUGGAAGUUAAAGUUAAAUUGAUUUUAAUUCCUGCAUCAAAUUCUCAUUACGCUUGGUCUACAAUAGAUACAAUAAGCUUUAAGCUGUAAAAAAUUAACUAAUCAUAGUCAAUUAUUUUUGUAUUUAAUUGUGAUUAGCAAUUUUUUUAUGGCUUAAGGCUACACCUACUACAGAUCAGGAUUUAAAUUUAUUCUACAAUAACAUAAGGCUGUAAUGCAUUUUAAAAUUAAAAGCUAAUUGAUAGAAAUGGACAUACAACUUUAUAGCCUUAUGACCUUAUGUUAUGCUAGUAUAGAACAGGCUUUAUAGUUAAAUGACCGUGUCUUAAUUCCUAGAAAGUAUUGCGUUCUGUUACUUGUAUUUACCACAUGACAGUGUAAAAAGCAUGAUAAAAACAUUAUUUGGUCUCAAUGAGUAUACAAUACAAACAUUUAAACUGUGGUACUUUAUAGGAAAUCAACAAUAGAAUAAAGAAAAGGAGAGGAGAGAAUAUAGACAUUGAUCGUAGCACAACACAGAACUGAUACACAUUGUUUUGAAUAAAUAAUCCUGUUUGAAAAAAAA